UACCUGACGUCCAUCAGACAGAGAGCGGAGCUCAUAGGUUUCUCAGUACUGAUGGUGAAUAGCUACUGCUGCGGUAACGGGCGGAGGAGCAGAAGCCGCAGAAGGAGAGUCAGCAGUAGUAGAGGAGCGUUUGUUUGGGAUUCAGCUUUUACAAUAAUUAAUCUUACUCGUAUCAACGGAGCUCCCUAAAAACAUAGAAGGGAAGGGAAAAAUAAAGAAAGAUGGCGGCCGCGGCCUCGCCGGGCUCCUGCUCGUCCACCUCCUCAGACUGGAUUGUACUGAGAGACGGUUGCCUGCGUUGCGACGAGGAGGGCCUGCGAAGCCUUUCUUACCACCCGGCCCUUAACGCUAUCUUGGCCGUUACUAGUCGGGGCAGCAUCAAAGUAAUCGACGGCACUUCUGGGGCCAUUCUCCAGGCCUCGGCCUUGCAUGCUAAACCUGGUGGCCGUGUUAGGUGUCAGUACUUCCCUGCGGUGGACAAGGUCCUCUUUGUGGACGACUAUGCAGUGGGCUGCAGAAAGGAUCUGAACGGCAUCUUGCUACUGGACACAGCCCUGCAGGCCCCUGUAGCCAAACCCGAGGACAUGGUCCAGCUGGAGCUGCCCGUCACAGAGGCUCAGCAGAUGCUCUCUGCCUGCCUGGAGAAGGUAGAUGUGUCCAACACAGAAGGCUACGACCUCUUUGUCACUCAGCUCAAAGAAGGACUGAAGAAUACCUCUCACGAGACUGCAGCCAAUCACAAAGUGGCCAAGUGGGCUACGGUAACGUUCCAUCUUCCACACCAUGUGCUAAAACUGGUCGCCAGUGCCGUCGUAAACGAGCUGAAGAAGAUCAACCAGAAUGUCGCUGCCUUGUCUGUUGCCUCGUCCAUAAUGGACAGGCUGUCCUACCUCUUACCAAGCGCUCGGCCUGAGCUAGGAGUGGGCCCGGGGCGCUCUGUAGAUAGAUCGUUGAUGUACAGUGAGGCCAACAGGAGAGAGACAUUCACGUCGUGGCCCCACAGCGGCUACCGAUGGGCCCAGCCUGACCCCAUGGCGCAGGCAGGAUUUUACCACCAGGUAGGCAGUCCUGCCUCCACAGGGGAUGACAGAGCCAUGUGUUUCACAUGUAGUGUCUGCUUAGUGUGUUGGGAGCCCACGGAUGAACCAUGGUCCGAGCACGAGCGACAUUCCCCCAACUGUCCGUUUGUAAAGGGCGAGCACACCCAAAAUGUGCCCCUGUCGGUCACCCUGGCCACCAGCCCGGCCCAGUUCCCCACCCCAGACGGCACUGAUAAGAUAGCCUGCUACGGCUUUGGCAGCUGCCCCCACUUCCUGGUAGCCGCCACCAAACGCGGGAAGAUUUGCAUAUGGGAUGUAUCCAAGCUCAUGAGGGUUCACUUGAAAUUUGAAAUCAAUCCCUAUGACCCGGCAAUCCUGCGGCAGCUGAUACUGUCUGGGAGCGAGCCGGCCCUGGGGAGCCAGGAGUCACGGAGGCCCACCUUGGCCUGGCUGGAGGACUCAUCCAGCUGUUCAGACAUACCAAAACUAGAGGGGGACAGUGAUGACCAGUUGGAGGACUCUGACAGUGAAGAGCAUUCCAGAUCGGAGUCGGUGACAGGCCAGACGUCCCACCGGGAAAGCAUGGAGGUGAGCCUGGGCGUGACGGCGCUCAGCGUCCUUCAGCAGCCGGAGAAGCUCCAGUGGGAGGUGGUGGCCAGUGUGCUGGAGGACACUGUCAAGGACCUCGAGGAGCUGGGGGCCAACCCUUCCCUUGCCCAGGCCAAGGCCGACAAGGCCAAGGAGAAGCCCCCGGAGCACCACAACAUUCCCUUCCCCUGCCUGCUGGCUGGAGGUCUCCUGAGCUACCGCUCUGCCGCCAGCUCCCCGCUCUCCGCCCCGCCGCCCUCCUCCCGCUGCGCAAUGGACGGCCCACUCAGGACCCAGGGCCCCGAGCCCCCCCAUGGCGUGCCCGACCAGGGCCCCAUGGAGAUAGAGACCUGUAAUCCCCCGCCCGCAGAGCUGGGCUCUCCCAAUCCGGCCCUGCCUGCCGUGCGCAGGACUAUGCCCGUUCUCUUGCUCUACAGCAUCAAGGAGUCGGACGACAAGUCGUCGGGCAAGGUGUUCGCCCAGAUGAACAAUCUGAUGAGCAAGGGGCUACACGAGGAGGGCUUCACAGUGCCGCAGAUCAUCGAGAUGGAGUUCGACAGCCACGAGCAGCUCCUGCUCCAGGACCCCCCGGUCACCUACAUCCAGCAGUUCGCGGACGCCGCCGCCAACCUCGCCGCCCUGGACGGGGACAAGUGGAGUUCGAUGGCGCCGCGGCCCGGAGCCCUGGUGCAGUGCCUGCGGCUGCCCAAGCAGCUGGAGGAGGAGAACCUCUACGUGGACUCCAUCACGCCCUGCUCCGACGGCGUGCACCUGCUGGUGGGGCUGCAGCCCUGCUCCGUGGAGUCCCUCAGCGCCAUCAACCAGGUUGAGGCCCUGAACAACCUCAACCGGCUCCACUCGGCCCUCUGCAGCCGCCGCAAGGGUGAGCUCCAGCCGCUGCCCACACUGGCCAACGGCCACGAGGCCCUCUCGUCUGCCUCGCCCCCUCAGACCCCGCUCAUCCUGCCCCCCCCGGAGCAGCAGCAGCCUUCCAGGGCCCUGGGGGGCUGCGGUGGUGGGGGCUACCUGGCCCUCUACAAGCUCAACUACUCCACCCGCAUCGUCACAUUGGAGGAGGAGCCGGUCAAGCUGCAGCACAUCAGGGACCCCCGUGACGCGGUCACCUCCCUGAUCCUGCUCCCGCCGGACGUGCUGGACGGGCGGGAGGACGACAGCGAGGAGGUCUCCGAGGAGACUCUUCAGCACGGGCUUAAGAGCGACUCCGGCCUCGGCAACGGGGCCGGGUUGGGUUGCGGGCCGGCGACUGGUACUGGCAGCACGGCUGCUCCGAGCACCGCCAAGGUGAAGCAGGCGGAUGUGACCGGACUGGGCCACCUAGUGGUCACCACUCAGGCCGGUUACAUCAUGAUCCUGGACGUAUCCACUUUGGAGGUCCUGGCCAAAGUGGAGCCGCCUAAGAAGGACGGUAUGGUGGAUGACAUUGACCCUUUCGUCUCUGUAACUUACUGCUCCGGGACUGACCGCCUGUGCGCUUGUACUAACGGUGGCGAACUUCAUUUCCUUCAAAUUGGAGGUGUGUGUGACGAUAUAGAUGACGGCGACAUUUUUGUCGAUGGCCCCGUUUCAAAAGGGGCUGAGCAGCUGCUAGAGGGGACGAAGCCUUCCUCCAACCCCUCAAGCCCAGGGAUUACAGGAGUUGACCUCCUCGUUGACCAAGCGUUGGCCGUCGAGAGCCUGACGUCCCUGGUGGAGCUGACCCGCUUCGAGACACUGACGCCACGCUUCUCCGCCACAGUUCCACCCUGCUGGGUGGAGGUUCAGCAGGAGCAGCAGCAGCGCCGACACCCACAACAUUUACACCAGCAACACCAUGGAGACGCCGCCCAGCACACGCGCACCUGGAAGCUUCAGAGCGACAGCUCCAGCUGGGACGAGCAUGUGUUUGAACUGGUCCUCCCCAAGGCAUGCAUGGUGGGCCAUGUGGACUUCAAGUUCGUCAUGAAUGCCAACAUCACUAACAUUCCUCAAAUCCAGAUCACCCUUCUAAAGAACAAGGCCCCAGGUCUGGGCAAGGUCAACGAGACGGCAGUGGACAGGCAGAUCCCGUUCCCCCUCUCCCAUGUCCUCCAUGCCAACGGGGAGAGGAACGGACAGACACUUUUGCCGGACUUCGCCGAUGACAUCCAGUUCAUGGACAUCGAAGAGACCCCAGGCUCCAGGUUGUGUACUUUCCUAGAGGACCAUAAGGAGGAUAUUCUCUGUGGGCCUGUGUGGUUGGCCAGUGGACUGGACCUCUCCGGUCACGCCGGGAUGCUAAGCCUCACCAGCCCCAAGCUGGUCAAAGGCAUGGCUGGGGGCAAGUACCGCUCGUUCCUGGUGCACAUAAAGGCGGUGAGCGACAAAGGCAUGGAGGACAGCCCCAGGCCGGUGGUGAGAAUGCCCACGGCCAAGCCCCAAAGCAACAAGGGCCAUUCCCUCUCCACCCUGCUCCAGAGGGCACAGGCCACCAAGGAAAAGGCCUCCACUUCUAAAGCAGAUUGUACUGCUCAGUCGAAGAAACCUGACAACCUCCGCGGUUGCGACCUGCUCCAGGAGGUAUCCGUUACUAUCAGAAGGUUUAAGAAGACCUCUAUACCCAAAGAAAGAGUCCAGCGCUGUGCAAUGUUGCAGUUCCCCGAUUUCCAUGAGAAGCUGUUGAACGGGCUGUGUAAGCGGGUCGACGAGGGCCCCGGCACAGAGCACUCCCAGAGCCUCAUCUUGGACUGCCUCUGCUGGUUGGCAGGGGUCUACUCCAAUGGACCCUGCAGUCUGAGAGAAGGAAAGGAUGCUCUGCUGACUAAAACUAGGAAGCGUCUGACAGACAUAGUGCGGGUCUGCUUUUUUGAGGCUGGGCGGAGUAUAGCCCACAAAUGCGCCCGCUUUCUUGCACUUUGUAUUAGUAAUGGAAAAGGGGAGCCCAGUCAGCAAGGCUUUGGCAUGGGUCUACUGAAGGCUUUGCUGGACAAUAUGCCUUUCCUGCCUGCUGCAGCCACAGGUGGGUCGGUGUUCUGGUACUUCGUCCUGUUGAACUAUGUGAAGGAUGAGGACCUGGCGGGCUGUAGUACGGCCUGUGCCUCGCUGUUAACCGCUGUCUCACGGCAACUACAGGACCGUCUCACGCCCCUCGAGGCUUUGCUACAGACCAGAUACGGCCUUUACAGCUCUCCCUUUGACCCUGUGCUCUUUGACUUGGAGGUCAGCGGCUCCUCCUGCAAGAAUGCCUUCAAUAGCAGCAUUGGCGUCCAGUCUGACGAGAUUGACCUUUCUGAAAUCCUCUCAGGGAAUGGUAAGGUAAGCAGUUGCGCCGCGGCCGAGGGCAGCUUCACUGCCCUCACUGGGCUCCUGGAGGUGGAGCCUCUGCACUUCGCCUGUAUCUCCACCAGCGACGGCACCCGAGUGGAGAGGGACGACGCCAGCAUGUUCACAGUGAGCACGUUCGGGGUGACCCCAGCGGUGGGCGGCCUGUCGGCUGGCACGGUGGGCGAGGCUUCGACGGCGCUGAGCUCAGCGGCCCAGGUGGCCCUGCAGUCGCUGUCCCAUGCCAUGGUGUCCGCAGAGCAGCAGCUCCAGGUGCUGCAGGAAAAACAGCAGCAGCUGCUGAAACUGCAGCAACAGAAGGCCAAGCUGGAGGCAAAGCUACACCAGACCACUUCGGCAGCGGCGGCUGUUGCCUCUGGCGUGGGGCCCAUCCACAACUCUGUGCCUUCCAACCCCUCCUCAGCCCCCGGCUUCUUCAUCCACCCCUCCGACGUCAUCCCGCCCACGCCCAAGACCACCCCGCUGUUCAUGACCCCGCCUCUCACCCCGCCCAACGAGGCCGUGUCGGCAGCCAUCAGCGUGGAGCUGGCCCAGCUCUUCCCGGGCUCCAUGAUCGACCCGGCGCCCGUCAACUUGGCCGCGCACAACAAGAACAGCCAGAAAGCCAAGCCGAACCCCAUGGGAAGUGGCCUGGCGUUGGCCAUCUCUCAAGCCUCUCACUUCCUGCAGCCUCCCCCACAUCAGUCGAUUAUCAUUGAGCGCAUGCACUCUGGAGCACGGAGGUUUGUGACACUGGACUUUGGUCGUCCCGUGCUGCUGACCGACGCCCUGAUCCCCACCUGUGGGGACCUGGCCUCCCUGUCCAUUGACAUCUGGACCCUGGGUGAGGAGGUGGACGGGCGCCGGCUCGUGGUGGCCACGGACAUCAGCACCCACUCCCUCAUCCUGCAUGACCUGCUCCCGCCCCCUGUCUGCCGCUUCAUGAAGAUCACUGUAAUUGGACGUUACGGCAGCACCAACGCUCGUGCUAAAAUCCCAUUGGGCUUCUACUAUGGCCACACCUACAUCCUACCCUGGGAGAGUGAGUUGAAGCUCAUGCACGACCCCCUGAGGGGAGAAAGUGAGGCGGCCAGCCAGCCUGAUGUGGACCAACACCUGGCCAUGAUGGUGGCCUUGCAGGAGGACAUCCAAUGCAGGUACAACCUGGCGUGUCACCGGCUGGAGACGCUGCUCCAGAACAUUGAUUUGCCUCCCCUCAACAGUGCCAACAACGCUCAGUACUUCCUGCGGAAGCCCGACAAGGCUGUGGAGGAAGACUCCAGGGUUUUUUCAGCUUACCAGGACUGUAUCCAGCUCCAGCUCCAGCUCAACCUGGCCCACCAUGCCGUCCAGAGGCUCAGUGUGUCUCUCGGGGCUGGCCGCAAAGCCUUGCCCGACACUUACGAUACCCGGGAGCUCAUCCAGAACUCGUCUACAGAGCAGCUGAGAACCAUCAUUCGCUACCUGCUGGACACACUGCUCAGCCUUCUGCACUCCAACAAUGGGCACUCGGUACCGUCCGUCCUGCAGAGCACGUUCCACGCGCAGGCCUGUGAGGAGCUCUUCAAGCACCUGUGCAUCAGUGGCACGCCCAAGAUCCGCCUGCACGCUGGCCUGCUGCUGGUGCAGCUGUGUGGAGGUGAACGCUGGUGGGGCCAGUUCCUCUCCAACGUCCUGCAGGAGCUCUACAACUCGGAGCAGCUGCUCGUCUUCCCCCAGGACAGGGUCUUCAUGCUCCUCUCCUGCAUCGGCCAAAGGUCGCUGAGCAACAGCGGCGUGCUGGAGGGCCUGCUAAACCUCCUGGACAGCCUGCUGUCCCCUCUACAGCAGCCCCUGGGUGCCGCCCAGCGCAGGACUGAAGGUGGGCUAGCCGGAGGUGGAGGGUUCCCGGGCUGGCAGCAGAGAUGGGGGGCGGGGGCGGUCCCUGGCCCCAGCACCGGCCUCCCGGGGCUCCGGACCCAACCAGCAGCCUAUGAGUGUGUGUCUGUGUGUACGGCAGGUGUGUUAGACGUCCCCAUGAUCAGCUGGGUGGUGAUGCUGGUGUCGCGGCUGCUGGACUACGUGGCCAGCGUGGAGGACGAGGCGUCUGCAGGCAAGAAGCACCUGGGAGGGAAGGAGAGAGAGCGCACCUCGACAGGGAGUCAAUGGAGCUUUAUAAAUAACAACCUCCAGUCCUCCGGCACCAACAGAUCCGCCAAGGGCAACAGCAGCCUUGACCGCCUGUACUCCCGCAAGAUACGCAAACAGCUGGUGCACCACAAACAGCAGUUAAAUCUAUUGAAGGCAAAACAGAAAGCUUUGGUGGAGCAAAUUGAGAAGGAGAAAAUCCAGAGCAACAAAGGAUCCUCUUACAAACUGCUGGUGGAGCAGGCCAAACUGAAACAGGCCACAUCCAAGCACUUUAAGGACCUGAUCCGUCUGAGGCGCACAGCCGAGUGGCCCCGCUCCACCCUGGACACAGAGGCCACAGCCGCCAAGGAGGCCCCUGAGGUGGAGCCCCUUCCCUUCACGCUGGCCCACGAGCGCUGCAUCUCUGUGGUGCAGAAACUGGCUCUCUUCCUCCUCUCCAUGGACUUCACCUGCCACGCCGACCUCCUGCUUUUCGUCUGCAAGGUCUUAGCCAGGAUCGCCAACGCCACCAGGCCCACCAUCCACCUGUGUGAAGUGGUGUCUGAGCAUCAACUGGAGCGUCUGCUGCUUCUGCUGGUCGGGACGGACUUCAACAGGGGGGACAUCUCCUGGGGAGGGGCCUGGGCCCAGUACUCACUCACCUGUAUGCUCCAGGACAUCCUGGCAGGGGAGCUGCUGUCCCCUGGGUCCCUGGAUGGUAUGGAUGAAGGGGCAUCGGGCGAGGAGGCGGGUGCAUCUUCAUCUUCAGCUGGGAUAGACUCGGAUGACUCCCUGGCUCAGCCCUCCCCUAUUCCUCUGGUGGAGACCAUGGAGGAGGCCCUGGCUCCUGAAAUCAUCGCAGGUACUCCUGGGACCUCCUCUGUUUUCCAAAGUGCUCCACCUCUGUCAUCUUUGGAAAAAGAUAAAGACAUUGACUUUGACUUGCUACAAGACCUCAUGGAUGUUGAUAUUGAUCCUUUAGAUAUUGAUUUGGAAAAAGAUCCCCUCGCCGCCAAAGUCUUUAAGCCUAUUAGCAGCACCUGGUAUGACUACUGGGGCGCUGACUAUGGCACAUACGGGUACAACCCUUACAUAGGGGGGGUUGGGAUCGCCGUGUCCAAGCCCCCGGCUGCUGUCGAAAAGCCUGGCUCUCAGAAUCUGUCUGUCUCCGUAUCACAAGCUCUGGACGCCCGCCUGGAGGUGGGGCUGGAGCAGCAGGCGGAGCUCAUGCUGAAGAUGAUGGCCACGCUGGAGGCCGACUCCAUCUUACAGGCGCUCACGUCAACCUCCCCCACAGUAUCCCAGGCCUCCAAUGGGACAGACGAUUCGCUGCUGCGCGGCCUCCACGGGGGCUCUCCCCCGGGAAGCAGCCUCAUGGUGCAGGCCUCUUCCAUCCCCAUGCUGAGCACCUGCUUCAACAAGCUGUUCUCCAUGCUCCAGGUUCACCACGUACAGCUGGAGUCACUUCUGCAGCUGUGGCUGACCCUCAGUCUCAACUCCUGCUCUGGGGGCAGUGAGGAGAGUGGAUCGGACAUCUUCAUGUUCAACGCCAGCAGAGUGCCCACCAUCCCGCUCAACCAAGCCUCAAUCAGCAGCUUCCUGACGGUUCUAGCCUGGUACCCCAACACUUCCUUGCGGACUUGGUGUCUGGUUCUACACUCCCUCACCCUCAUGACCAACAUGCCCUCCAGCGCAGUGUCCAGCAGUGGAAUGGGAGCUCCAGAGAGCAUGGCCCAGCAGAUGGUGUCCGACCCGACGCUGGUGCACGUGCUCGUUCGCUUCCUGUCCGGGAGCAAUCCUCACGGCACCAGCCAGCACAGCUCCCAGGUCGGCCCCACCGCCACCCAAGCUAUGCAGGAGUUCCUCACCCGGCUCCAGGUUCACCUGUCCUCCACCUGCCCACAGAUGUUCAGCGAGUUCCUGCUCAAAUUAAUGCACAUCCUGUCCACUGAGAGGGGUCCCUUUCAGUCUGGCCAGGGUCCUUUGGACGCCCAGGUCAAGCUGUUAGAGUUCACCCUGGAGCAGAACUUUGAGGUGGUGUCAGUGAGCACCAUCUCCUCGGUCAUCGAGUCCAUCACCUUCCUCGUCCACCAUUACAUCACCUGCUCUGACAAGGUGGUCUCCCGCAGUGGCUCCGACAGUUCGGUGGGUGCCCGCGCCUGCUUCGGCGGCCUCUUUGCCAACAUAAUCCGACCGGGCGACGCCAAGGCGGUGUGCGGAGAGACCACCCGAGACCAGCUCAUGUUUGACCUGCUCAAGCUAGUCAAUGCCUUGGUCCUCCUUCCCCUGUCGGGUGACCGUGAGUUCAGCGGGCGUCUGCCCCCGGCCGGCAGUGGCGCUUCAGACAGCAGUGUGUCCGACGAGGAGAAGGUGUGCGGUAGCAAGGAGGGGCCGGCCGGAGUGUCCAGCCCUAACCAGGGCCCAGCGGCCGGAGUGGCCGACCUGGUUCUGGCCAACCAGCAGAUCAUGAGCCAAAUCCUCUCGGCCCUGGGCCAGUGCAACAGCAGUGCCAUGGCCAUGAUCAUAGGCGCCAGCGGUCUCCACCUGACCAAGCAUGAGAAUUUCCACGGAGGACUGGAUGCCAUCUCUGUAGGCGACGGCCUGUUCACCAUCCUCACCACGCUGAGCAAGAGGGCCACUUCGGUCCAGGUCAUGUUGCAGCCCAUUCUCACCUACAUGGCCUGUGGCUACAUGGGCAGACAGUCGUUGUAUUUCUCCCAGGGCUCUCUGUCUACGUGCCAGCUCUCCGAGCCCCUGCUCUGGUUCAUCCUUCGAGUGCUGGACACCAGCGAGGCACUGAAAGCAUUCCACGACAUGGGUGGGGUCCAGUUGAUCUGCAACAACAUGGUGACCAGCACUCGGGCCAUAGUGAACACAGCCCGCAGCAUGGUGUCCACAAUCAUGAAGUUCCUGGACACGGGGCCGGGGAAGGCCGCGGACGGCAGCCUCAAGGCCCGGGUCCUGGCCUCAGAGCCCGACAACGCUGAGGGACUGCACAACUUCGCUCCACUUGGCACCAUCACCUCCAGCAGCCCCACGGCCCAGCCGGCAGAGGUCCUUCUUCAGGCUACGCCCCCCCACAGACGUGCCCGCUCGGCGGCCUGGUCGUACAUAUUCCUGCCGGAGGAGGCGUGGUGCGACUUAACCAUCCACCUCCCUGCGGCCGUGCUGCUCAAAGAGCUGCAUAUCCAGCCACACCUAGCCUCCCUGGCCACCUGCCCGUCCUCCGUGUCGGUGGAGAUCAGCGCCGACGGGGUCAACAUGCUGCCUCUCUCCACGCCCAUCAUCACCAGCGGCCUCACCUACAUCAAGAUCCAGCUGGUCAAGGCCGAGGUGGCGUCCGCCGUGUGCCUGAGGCUGCACCGUCCUCGUGACGCCAGCACCUUGGGCCUGUCCCAGAUCAAACUGCUGGGCCUCACCGCCUUCGGCAACACCUCCUCAGCCACCGUCAAUAACCCCUUCCUGCCCUCCGAGGACCAGGUCUCCAAAACUAGUAUUGGCUGGCUGCGUCUGCUUCACCACUGUCUGACCCACGUCAGUGACCUGGAGGCUAUGAUGGCCAGCGCCGCUGCGCCCACCGCCAACCUGCUGCAGACCUGCGCUGCCCUGCUGAUGUCGCCCUACUGCGGCAUGCACUCGCCUAACAUCGAGGCCGUGCUGGUCAAGAUCGGCCUGCAGUCCACUCGCAUUGGCCUCAAGCUCAUCGACAUCCUGCUGAGGAACUGUGCAGCUUCCGGCACCGACCCGACCAGUACGCUUCAUCUUAACAACCUCAACAGUCCCCUGCUCUUUGGGAGACUCAACGGUCUUUCUUCAGACUCCACCAUCGACAUCCUCUACCAGCUGGGAACAACACAAGAUGCUGGGACCAAGGACAGGAUCCAGGCCCUUCUCCAGUGGGUCCAUGACUCGUCGCUGGUGGCGGCCCACAAGAGGAGUGGCCCAAUGGGGUACACUCGCCAGAGCAGCUCCUCGUCGCGGGAGUAUGGUCUCGUCAUGCCCUCUCCUUCCCACCUACACUGUGUGGCAGCCAUCUUGUGGCACAGCUAUGAGCUGCCCGUGGACUACGAUCUCCCGGUGCUGCUUGACAGGGAGCUCUUUGAACUGCUGUACAACUGGUCCAUGUCUCUGCCCUGUAACGUGGUUCUGAAGAAGGCGGUGGACAGCCUGCUGUGCUCCAUGUGUCACAUCCACCCCAGCUACUUCUCCCUGCUCAUGUCCUGGAUGGGAAUCAUAGCCCCGCCCACGGCCGCACAGUCCCAGCACCGCCUAUCCAUGACGGACGACGGCAAGAAGCAGCACGACCUCAGCAGUGCCAGCGGCCUCACCGACGACUCCAAGCACGCGCGGCCGCCCGUCGCCCUGUCCGAGUCCCAGCUGGCCACCCUGGCCGCAGCCUCCCAGUCCCCCGGGGCCAUAGAGCAGCUCCUGGACUCUGGGCUGCCCUCCCUCCUGGUCCGCAGCCUGGCCGGCCUCUGCUGUGGCCUCCUGGCUGCCGCUGACUUGCCUCUGCCCGCCACCGCCCAGGCCGAGCGGCGGCAGUACCAUCACAACCACCAUCCCCUCUCCUCCCAGAGCCGGACGCCCCUGUCCGCCGAGCUGGCCGCCCCCGUGCUGCGUUUCCUCACCGAGGUGGGAAACAGCCAUGCCAUGAAGGACUGGCUCGGCGGGCCCGAGGUGAACCCGCUGUGGACCGCCCUACUCUUCCUCCUGUGCCACUCCAGCGCCAGCGCGGGGGGCGCAGCUAGCGGCCUCCAAGGGCACGCGGGGGUCCGCUCCGCUGCCUCGGGGGGCGCGUGCUGCCCCCCACCUCCGCCCCCGGCCCAGCCUUCUGGGUCGCGUUACUCUCUGGCGUCCUCGGCCCGGGGCAGCGGGUUCACCACCCAGCAGAGGACAGCAAUCGAGAACGCCACGGUGGCCUUCUUCCUGCAGUGCAUCUCCUGCCACCCAAACAACCAGCGGCUCAUGGCACAGGUGCUGUGUGAGCUGUUCCAGUCCGCCCCCCAGCACGGGAACGUGCCCAUAUCUGGCAACAUCUCCGGAUUCAUCCGCAGACUCUUCCUGCAGCUCAUGCUGGAGGACGAGAAGGUCACCGUCUUCCUGCAUUCCCCGUGUCCGCUCUACAAGGGACGCAUCAACGCCACCAGCCACGUGAUCCAGCACCCAAUGUACGGUGCAGGCCACAAGUACCGCACCCUCCACCUGCCCAUCUCCACCAGCCUGGCCGAAGUCCUGGACCGCGUGUCCGACACCCCCAGCAUCACAGCCAAGCUGAUCAACGAGCAGAAGGAGGACAAGGAAAAGAAGAAUCAUGAGGAGAAGGAGAAGAUGAAGACUGACAGCGGUUUCCAGGACAACUACAGUGUUGUUGUGGCCUCAGGCUUAAAAUCCCAGUCGAAGAGGGCGCUGUCAACACCUCCCCGCCCCCCUUCGCGGAGGGGCCGCGUGAUGAGUGACAAGCUGACAGCCUCAUCAGGUGUGGAUCCCUCUGCCAAAACUCUCAGCGUGCCUGUCUUCCACCUCUACCACAAGCUGCUCCCAGGUCAGCCCCUCCCGGCAGAGAUGACUCUGGCCCAGCUGUUGGCCCUGCUCUAUGACCGCAAGCUGCCCCAGGGCUACCGCUCCAUCGACUUGACCGUCAAGCUGGGCUCCAAGGUCAUCUCUGACCCCGGUCUUUCCAAGACGGACUCCUUCAAGCGGCUGCGCACUGAGAAAGUGGAACACUGCGACAUGCUGAGCAGCUGUCCCGAGGACGAGCCAAUGACCCCAGGUGACGAGUGUCUUGAUGCAGCCAUCGACGAGUCCCUGCUGGAGACCAACCCCAUCCAAUCUCCCCUGCAGGUGUUUGCAGGCAUGGGUGGGUUGGCCCUGAUUGCAGAGAGGCUGCCAAUGCUCUACCCCGAUGUCAUCCAACAGCGAAUUGAAUUAUUCAGGCAGUCUCCCAGAGCUACUGGUGGUUUGAAGCAGACGCCCCACGAGGGCUAUCAAGUAAGCGCCCCGGUGGUGCCCUCCACCACACAGGAGAAGCCCAAGGACAGCGACCAGUUCGAGUGGGUCACCAUCGAGCAGUCCGGCGAGCUGGUGUACGAGGCUCCGGAGGCUAUGGCCGCUGAGCCUCCGCCCAUCAGCAAGUCGUCGGUGCAGACCAUGUCGCCAAUCCCCGCCCACUCGCUGGCGGCCUUUGGCCUGUUCCUGCGCCUGCCGGGCUACGCCGAGGUGCUGCUGAAGGAGAGGAAGCACGCCCAGUGUCUCCUUCGCCUGGUGCUGGGGGUAACCGACGACGGAGAGGGCAGUCAUAUUCUGCAGUCACCAUCGGCCAAUGUGCUGCCUACACUGCCCUUCCACGUUCUGCGGGCCCUUUUCAGCACCACGCCCCUCACCACAGAUGACGGCGUGCUUCUGCGCCGUAUGGCUCUGGAGAUAGGAGCCAUCCACCUCAUCUUGGCUUGCCUGUCUGCCCUGAGUCACCACGCGCCCCGUGUCCCCAACGCCAGUGGAAACUCCUCAGAGCCCGCCGUGUCCACUGGUCACGGAGGCGGCACCAGCGAGGAGCAGCAGCUGUACUGGGCCAAGGGCACUGGGUUUGGGACGGGCUCCACUGCGUCGGGCUGGGACGUGGAGCAGGCCCUCACCAAACAGAGGCUGGAGGAGGAGCACGUCACCUGUUUGCUCCAGGUGUUGGCCAGCUACAUUAACCCAGCAGGCUGUGUGGGCCAUGGAGAGACCCCCGCUGGGGAGAGCAGGGGCCAUAACAGCAACGCCCUUCCCACUGUGCUGCAGGAGCUUCUCAGCCAGUCGUGCCUCAUUCCGGCCAUGUCCUCCUACCUACGCAAUGACUCCGUGCUGGACAUGGCGCGCCACGUGCCCCUCUACCGGGCCCUGCUGGAGCUGCUGAGGGCCAUCUCCACCUCCACCGCCUUGGUGCCCCUGCUACUUCCCCUGUCAGGAGACCCCAGCCAGGAGGAGGAGGAGGAGGAAGAGCGCUCGGAGGGACAGACCUCUGUGGGCAUGCUGCUGGCCAAGAUGAAGACCUGCGUUGACACCUACACCAACCGCCUCAGGUGGGGACUUAGACGGACAGAGUCAAAGAAAGACAAGGCAAAGGGUGUGGUGAAGCCUGAUAGCUCAGACCCAGAGCCCGAGGGCCUGACUCUCCUGGUCCCUGACAUCCAGAGGACGGCUGACAUAGUCUAUGCUGCCACCACCAGCCUACGUCAGGCCAACCAGGAGCGGAAGCUAGCGGAGUCCUCAAAAAAGGCAACAACAAGACCCAAACCCCUGUCCAUCUUACGCUCACUAGAGGAGAAAUAUGUGGCUGUAAUGAAGAAGCUCCAGUUUGACACCUUUGAGAUGGUCUCGGAGGACGAUGACGGAAAGCUUGUGUUCAAGGUGAACUACCACUACAUGUCUCAGGUGAAGAACGCCAGCGAUGCCAACAGCGCUGCCCGUGCCCGCCGCCUCGCUCAGGAGGCCGUGACGCUCUCCACCUCGCUGCCCCUCUCUUCGUCAUCUAGCGUCUUCGUCCGCUGCGAUGAGGAGCGUCUGGACAUUAUGAAGGUUCUCAUCACUGGCCCGGCAGACACGCCGUACGCCAACGGCUGCUUUGAGUUUGACGUCUACUUCCCCCAGGACUACCCCAACUCCCCUCCCCUGGUCAACUUGGAGACCACCGGUGGACACAGCGUGCGCUUCAAUCCGAACCUCUACAACGACGGAAAAGUGUGUUUAAGUAUCCUGAACACCUGGCACGGGAGACCCGAGGAGAAGUGGAACCCUCAGACGUCUAGCUUUUUACAGGUGCUGGUGUCUGUGCAGUCUCUGAUCCUGGUGUCGGAGCCCUACUUCAAUGAGCCAGGCUACGAGCGUUCUCGAGGAACCCCCAGCGGCACACAGAGCUCCCGGGAGUACGACGGAAACAUCCGGCAGGCCUCGGUCAAGUGGGCCAUGCUGGAGCAGAUGCGCAAUCCCUCGCCUUGCUUCAAAGAGGUGAUCCACAAGCACUUCUAUCUGAAGCGAGUAGAAGUCAUGGCUCAGUGUGAGGAGUGGAUCGCAGACAUCCAGCAAUACAGCAGUGACAAGCGAGUGGGGCGCACCAUGUCCCAUCAUGCUGCUGCAUUGAAGAGGCACACGGCCCAGCUACGAGAGGAGCUGCUGAAGCUACCCUGCCCAGAUGGCCUGGAGCCGGACGGGGAGGAGUUCUCAGAGAAGAGUGCCGCCCUUAUGAUCAAGGAGCUGCCCAAUCAGGAGGCCGAGAAGCCCAGUGGAAGUCAAGACGGCCCCUGCAGUGAGGGCCCGCUAUGAGUCCCGCCCCUAUCUCCGCCCUCCACCCUUAGCAGCGGCCACUCCUCCUCACGACUAUUACUAUAGUUAUUAAAUAGACUUUGACGGCUUCGAAGCACAAGCCACCAUUUUGUCAAUAUUUGUAUGUAAGAAUCUAAUUAUGUAAUAGCUGAAAAAAGAGGACAAAAAACAUGAGAAUGAAACUGCUUACAAACCAACAAAAAUAAGACAAAACUCUGAACUAUGCUAUGCCCUUAAGGAAACAGUCGACAAACAAAUCUUUUAUUUACCUGUAAAAGAGUGUAAAACUUUUUGUGCUUUUUUUUUUUCAAUUGUGAAAUAACCACUGAUUGGUAUGUUAUUAAACUUGUUUAUGUAUACAUAAUGACAGAGGAAAUCACAGAAUAUAUAAGGGAACUAGCCUACCUUUAGAGAAGAAUGUUUACUGAAUGUUAAUUUCCAUAUUUUUGACUGUUAGCGCAAGGACAGUUGUAACCAAGAAUAUAUUGGUCGUUCUUCAAGGAUAAUAUUUAAAAUUUACAAAAACAUACACUUUCCUGAAUUUGAGAAAUCUUCUGGUUGCCCAUUGACAUCGCUUAUUUGAUUUCUACAGGAUCCUGUAAACUUCAAUAAAGGCUGGAAUUGAAAUUCUUAAGUGCUAUAUUUACUUGUUGCCCUUUUUACAGGCUGUUCAGAAAUGCUAUGAAUUUCUUUUUUUGCCUCACUAAUGCAAGUUUAAUAAAUGCAACCUGUUUUACUUUU